AGGUUUGCAAACUGCUACCGCUGCUUCUACAAACUGCAACCCGAAAUGACCAGGAGCAUUUACGAUCAGUUUAUAUCCCAGCUGCAGACGUCCAUCAAGGAGGAGAUCCAGGAGGUAAAGGACGAAGGGAAUCUGGAGGCGCUCUUUAAUUCACUGGAUAAGAUCGCGGAGGAGGCAAAGAACCGGGAAGAGCCUGCAUGGCGUCCCAGCGGGAUCCCGGAAGAGGACGUUCGCAGCGCCAUGGUGCCGUACCUCCUUAAGCACAGGUCGUACUUGCAGAAAGUCCUAAAGGAGAAGGAGGAAGAGAACAGGAAGGUAGCGGAGUCUGUGCUUGCGGGGAGGGAUAGGAUUGCAGAGCUGCAGCAGCUGAUACAAGCUCGCAAACAUGCCUGGCAGACAAUUAGUAAAGAGCAACGAGAACUCAUCAUGACAUUCAAGGAGCCCCAGUGA